AUGGCUAUUCAAUUAACUACAACUCCUGAAACCUGCAAAGAAAUUAUUUCCGAACAAAAGAAAGACGGACAAAUAGAAUUAAGUAAAACUAUUCAAAAAGAGCUAGACAUUCCAUCAACCGAAACUUUAGUAACCACCGUUCAAACAUAUACUACUAACGAAAAAUUAAAGAAACCCGAAUCAACAUCUUGGUGGACAACAGCCGUAAAUCUUAGUUAUUUAAAAAAUGCCGCUUCUCAACAUGAAGGAGAAUGGAGAGAUAAAUAUAAUAAAGCUCGUGAAUAUCUCUCUUCUCAAAUUGGAGAUUCUGAUGCGGAAAAAGAAAUCUUAGAAGUCACGGAUAAAUAUGUAGUUGAUAAAGCAACACACAAAGUCAUUGAAGACCAUAAGCAAGAAGUUAUUGCCAUUGAAAAAGAGAAGAAAGAAAAGAAGCAAGGCGUUCUUGAGAAUAUAACUGGUGGCAUAACGAGUUUAUAUAAAACCACUACCGAAGCAACUAGGGAUCUUGGAAAACAUAUAGGACAAGCUCUAACUUUUGACACCGAUGAACACGAUCAUCAAGAAAAAGCAGCUGCUCUAAUAGUUGUUCAAUCAA